UGCGCAUGUGAGUGCGUGUGUGUAUGUGUGCGUGUGUGCACAUGUUUUGAAAAUUCGCAAAAAAGUCUUGACAAAAAACAAAGCUUCAACGCAAAUGUAUGAAGCAACAACAAAUAAAACAUUAGCAACACGGAUACUCGCAGCAGCGACAGUGAUACAAAAUACACACGUAAUACAAGAUACAGCGCUCAAAAUACCAAAGACAACGUAAGCUUAACUUCCAGUGGGGCAGUCAAUGCAUUGAGUUGGUGGGCGUGUCUUCAACGCACACAAACGCAAACACAGCCCCAGUCUAUAGCUGAUCAGUUCCGUAACGGAUUCGCACGAAAGCAGUGGAAAAACCAGAAAUAUGCUUCAACAUCCCGCCACAGAUUUCUACGAUUUGGCUGCGGCCAAUGCGGCUGCAGUGCUGACGGCGCGGCACACGCCGCCCUACAGCCCGACGGGGCUGAGUGGGUCGGUGGUUGCGUUGCACAACAAUAACAACAGCACAAGCAAUAAUAACAAUAAUCUCGAUAUGUUGACGCACAACGGCGGCGGCGGCGGCGGCGGUGGCGGCAGUGGCGUGGGCGUGGGUGUGGGCCUGGGCAGCGGCGGUGGCCUGAGCGGAGGCAUCAAUGCCAGCGGCCUGCACCUGAGCAGCGGCGGCAGCAAUGGCGGCGCCGCAGCAACAGCCGGACGCGAAACAUUGCCCAGCUUCGGCUUUACGCAGGAGCAGGUGGCCUGCGUGUGUGAGGUUCUGCAGCAGGCGGGCAACAUCGAAAGACUGGGUCGCUUCCUCUGGUCGCUGCCACAAUGUGAUAAACUGCAACUGAACGAAUCUGUGCUGAAGGCCAAGGCGGUCGUCGCAUUCCAUCGUGGCCAGUACAAGGAGCUGUACCGGCUGCUCGAGCAUCAUCAUUUCUCGGCCCAGAAUCAUGCCAAGCUGCAGGCUCUGUGGUUGAAAGCGCAUUACGUGGAAGCCGAAAAACUGCGCGGAAGACCUUUGGGUGCUGUGGGCAAAUAUCGUGUUCGCCGUAAAUUUCCAUUGCCCCGCACCAUUUGGGACGGCGAGGAGACGAGCUACUGUUUUAAGGAAAAGUCCCGUUCAGUAUUGAGAGACUGGUAUGCGCACAAUCCGUAUCCAUCGCCACGUGAGAAACGCGACUUGGCCGAGGCCACAGGACUGACCACGACACAGGUUUCCAAUUGGUUCAAGAAUCGACGACAAAGAGAUCGCGCUGCCGAGCAUAAAGACGGCUCCACGGACAAACAACACUUGGACUCAUCCAGCGAUUCUGAAAUGGAAGGCAACAUGCUUUCCAGUCAAAGCGCACAACAGCAACAACAGCAGCAUGCAGCUGCACCACCACACCUCGCGCACCACUCACAGCAGCAGCAGCAGCAGCAAUCGCCCAGCAACAGUAACAACAACAGCAACGGCAACAGCAACAGUUUGCAUCAGCAUCAGCAGCAACAGCAACAGCAGCAGCUGCAGCAUGUGCCAGUCGAGCAAAGCCUGCAACAUCAUCAGCAUCAGCAACAUGUUGCCAAUGCGACGGCAGCCAGCAAAAGCAGCGCUGCUGCCGCCGCUGUCGCCGUAGCCGCCUCCCAAAUGCCGCCCCUCUCCGCCGCCGUUGCGUACUCCCAUCUGCACAGCGUCAUGGGCGCCAUGCCCAUGUAUGACAUGGGCGAGUAUCAGCACUUAUGAUUCUAGUUGGAGGCUGCUGCUGCGGCCAGUAGCAGCAGCGGCGCCAACAACAGCAACAACAACUGCCACAGCAG